AUGGAACUUACCUUCAUCACUAUCCACGGCAAGUAUCAAUCCGUUCCCCCUAUUGCUUCUGCGAUAGAAGAUAUCCUUGGCUACCUCCCUCCAGAGGUGCUGCACAGGCCGAUAUGGGAGUUCUUUCACCCCGACGAGCUCUCACAGGCGCGUACAAUCUACUCGCGCUCUGUCAGACAUGAUAAGGCCGCGGGGCUGAACUAUUUUCGUGUCAGACAUAAACAAGGCCACUGGGUUGCAUGCGAGUGUGUCUUUACUAUAGUCUGCGAUGUGUUGGUCGCCAGCACCAGUGUCUACCGUCGCGGCAAGAGGAGCCAGAUGCGCGCUGCCGAAGCUCCCAUUGUGCGCCGGCUAUUUGCAUCUUCUUCCCGCGACCCACGCUACCAUAUGCUAAGCUGCAUGUCCACGAAGUUCAAGCCCUCCCCAUCACCAGGCAGUUCGUCUCCAAAUGGUUUGCAUGAGCCACGCGCUGCGCUAUUUCUUAAUCGUUUCACACGCUCUGCUGCUGUGAUAUACGCUACGCCUAGCAUUACCAACGUACUAGGUGUACCACCCUCUGCACUUAUCUCGACGAGCUUCUACUACUGCAUCGAGGAAUGCUGCCUUCCACAAGCCAUCCAAUGUCUUGAAAGCGCAAAGGCAAACGAUUCAAUUGCGUACUUGCGCUUCUGGUUCCGAAAUCCAACGGACCAGCGCCAUACACACGCCUAUCCAGAACGGCGUAGAAGACACACCAAUGCAGAGACGAACACGAAUGACUGCUAUUACCCCUCUCCAUCUCACUCACAGCCAGCAGGCGGGCCAGGGCCAGGGUCGACAAUAGAAACCCCCUCUCCUCAUGACGGCGCACAGUCGACAUCGCAACAGCAACUCCCAUGCCAGCGACCGUCGACAUCGUGCUCGACGUCCCCCCGCCCUCCCAUCGAGCUUGAAGCGAUCGUCUCAUGUUCUUCGGACGGACUGGUGGUGAUUAUCCGACGCGCAAGACCACCCAUACCCGGCUCUGUGAAACAUCCUGGCCACCCAAUCUACGGCCGGGGUAUGUCUCCUCCGUCGCCUAUACGGUCAAACUCCGAUGAGAAGUCUGUAUAUGCGAUAGGAUCCCCCAGCGACUCCAGCACCGACACCGAAACGGGCGAACAUCGCCAGCGCGGCGUCAAGAGAUUAGCGCCAGGCGGCCCCGAGGCAGAGGCGCUGAUGAAUACGAUCCGCAAGGCAAUGCACACUUAG